UUAUGUUGGAUCAGGAACACCUGCUGGUGUCGCACACCUGGCCCUCAUUCAUGCCGUUACCAUGGAAACCACCUCUUCUCCGUUGUCGCUUUCAAUGAUGAUGAUGAUGAAGAACAUCAUCAUCAUCAUCAUCAUCAUCAUCAUUUAGCGGCGCGUGCAGUGCAAUGGCAUGAACAGCAAGGAUGUGGCUUUGUCCCGCAUAAAUGACGAGUCCUUGAACGCACCUCCUGCUCUCCGCUGUGGUUCGGAGUGAACUGUUCGGGUGGAUGUGGAUUUGGAUCGUCCGGUGAAACGGAGCAGAACCAAUGCGGAGGGAGGGGUGAGGAAGACUGCGGACAGAACAACCUUCAUCCCCCCUCCCGCCCCUCCUCCUCCUCGCUGCAGGAGAGGCGUGACGCCCCGAACCGCAUCGCCACAAUGGCAGUACCGAACAUAGGCGGCGGCAGGUGACGUCCUGCCGAAUGGAAGCUGAUCGGAACCGGAGCCGAGACAGAGAAUCGGUGUCGCCGAGGCAGGAAUGUGGGCCGCCAUGUCUGAAGAGUCGACGUGAGGUCCUCCUAGACCAGGAUCCAAACGUGGACCCUGUGAUCCCAGAGGGAGUCAAGACCCAGACUGGGACCAGGAUGGAACCCAGAACCUCAAAGUGCCGCCUCUUCCUGUUGGUCGCCAUGAUGCUGGUUUCCAUGGCGACAUCCGCUUCUCCUGUCCCAGGCGGGCCGGACCAGAACAGAACAGCAGUGUCUUCGCCACAUCCUUCAUCCACUCCUUCAUCUUCCUCAUCGCCCCUCCAACUCGACCCCCCAGCAGCCAGUCCAGAGUCUGGUUACCAUGGUAACAGCAGCAGUCCAUCGGCGGAUUCGGGAGCUCAGGGGAUCCACCUCCUCCUCAGACCCCCUGACCUCCUAUCCCCCAGCCUCACUCCCCCCUUUGCCCGUAACAACCAGCCCACCCUGAGCCCCCCUCCCCCCUGGGAGCAAGGCAACUCGCUAGAGGAGGCCUGGGGUUCUGGAGACUAUGUGGAAACGCUGUCCUUUGUGGUUCCUGAUGGGGAGGAGCUAGCGCUAGCUACGCCUCUGCCCAGCCACCCCUACGAUGAUGAUGAUGUCGGUGACUGGGCGUCCCACGAGACCAUCUUACCCCCACGCCCCACUCCCCCACUCAACUCUCACGUCCUCCUCUUGCCCUCCUCCACCGCUCCCAGCAUCCCUCCCCACACACGGCCCACCCACCUGGACGUCUUCCCCACCUGGGAUGACGACUACGACCCGGAGGACUUGGCACCGCUUCAGCCAACGGAGCUGCUGCUGCCUGACAUGAACAGUUUGGAAUACUAUACCAACCUGUUGGCCAGGGAGCGGGUGAGCGGGGGAUCUCAGGGGGCUUCGCAGGAGGGCCAGGUCGUGUCUGAACCCUCUGUUACUCCAACAGCAGUCUGCAACAAAACCCAAGCGCUUCCAUCUCCAAGUUCUGGUUUGCCGCCGUGGAAGGAGCCCGAGCGUCCCCUGGCAGAGCCCACCCCUGGGCUCCCCCUUUCACCCUCCCUCACACGUGAGGAGGAGCCUCGAUCAAAGACACCCUCCGCUCCCCCUCCAUUUCCAGAACUAAAAGACCACCUCCCGCCAAAUACGAAACACCCCCCCAGUUCUAAUUCUACCAGUUGGGUGCGUUCACCUCCCCCGCUGGGACCCCCCACCCAUCUUGACAGACCUGCAGAGGUCACCGACAAGCCAGAGAAGACCACCACUAGGACCUCCACCACGCAGAGGACCGCCAUCAGCUUGACGAGAGCGCCGCCAGUGACCACGCCCAGGGUGGCCCAGACCCCUGCCAGCAAGCAGUACCUGUGCAACAUCACCAAGCCGGAGUUGUACCUGGUCAGAGUAGGUGGCACCAGAGGUUCUGUGGCCGGUUUCACUUUGGUCCGGGAUCUUUUGAGGAGAGAAUUUAACCGAUCGGUGGAGCUUCAGUUCUUGAGAACUCCUUCCAGCUUUGCCUUCCGUGUCGUGUCCGGUCCUUUGAUCUACACCGCCAUAUCGGUCAUCAAUGCCCUCCGCCGACCGCCGCGUCUCUCAGGCCCGGUUCCCGCAGUGUCAGCCCUCUACACCGUGCCUGAAAUCAGGUACCAGGUCCACACAGUGCUGCAGUUUGUUCCCGCCCACGUUGACGUCAGAGUCUGCAACUUCAGUGAGCGUGUCGAGAUUGGCCUUGUGAUGGCGUACAGCGAAACUCUGCGACGUUCUUUGGAGCCGGGCAGCGUGAGCGUCCAGCUGCUCAACAUCACACUCAGCUCGGCAAGGCCGGUGGCAGAGCAGAAGGUUCCCGUCGACAUCACGUUUGCAGUUCGGGAUGCGCGGGGCUACCUAUUGGGUUCAGAGGUCAGCCAACACCUGAGGAAGCUCAGCCUGGUUGAGUUCAGUUUCUACGUUGGGUUUCCCGCUCUGCAGAUCGCCGAACCAUUUCACUACCCUGAGCUCAACACUUCCCAUCACCUGCGAUCCACGUGGGUCCGCACGGUUCUCCUGGGCGUGGAAAACCAGGUCUCGUCCGAGCGAAGCUUUAAAGCUCGUGUGGAGCGGCGCUUGGCCUUGCUGCUCGAGGAAGGACUGGGAGUGUCCAGCAGAAGGCGCUGGAGGAGAGCCACGGCCGUGGGCAACAACAGCCUGCAGGUGGUGCGGGUGGCCAGGUUGUCCGGGCCAGAACGCCCUCUUGAGAUCUUGUAUUUUGUUGAGGGCCCAGGAGGCACGAGGAUCCCAGCAGAGGUGACAGCGGAAACCCUGAAUAGCUUAGACCUCCAGAGAGCCGCCAUCGUCCUAGGGCACCAAGUACAGAGACCGCUGGCCCAACCGGUGGAGACCGUGUCCGUCCCGCCCUCCGAGACCCAAAGCAGUAGCAUCUGGCUGGUUGUCGGCGUGAUUGUCCCGGUCUUUCUGGCUGUCUUCAUCAUCAUCAUCCUCUACUGGAAACUGUGUGGAUCAGAGAAACUGGAGUUCCAGCCAGACGCCAUUAACACCAUCCAGCAGCGGCAGAAGGUAAGACAGGUAAGACAGGACGUCGCUUUCUACCAACGGCGGCUGACUUGCGUUGUCCCUCAGCUUCAGGCCUCCAGUGUGAAAGGCUUCGACUUCGCCAAGCUUCACCUGGGCCAGCACAGUAAAGACGACAUCAUGGUGAUCCAGGAGCCGGGACCGCUGCCGGCCCCCACCAAAGAGGCCACACCCUCUGAUGGCGGUGACCUCAACACUCCCAAAUCAAAAGGGUCGUCCACCAAAACUGCUAGAGCAAGCCGCCGCCACCGUGGAAGGACCAGCCCGUCAGAUGCUGAUUCGUUAGGCAGCGACCAAUCAAGCGGCAGAGAGUCUCCUGAAGAGAGUACUCGCCCUGUAGUCACACCUAUCGAGGCCAAGCAGCAGAGGAAGCCGACCAAAAAUGCUCCAUCAGGCGGUCCAGACGAGCUGUUGUCCUCAUCCUCCAUCUUUGAACACGUGGAUCGUCUUUCCCGCAGCUCGUCUGACGGCGCCCGGCGUCCAGCUAGCAAGGUGCAGCUCAUCGCCAUGCAGCCGCGUCCCAGCCCGCCGUCGACGCAGCCGAGCCCCCCGCUCACUGAAAAGGUCAACACAAAGGUGGCGCUGCGACACAAGUCGGAGAUGGAGCACCAUCGGAACAAACUCCGGCAGCGUGCUAAGAGGCGGGGCCAGUGUGAGUUCCCGUCCAUGGAUGACAUCAUGGACGCUUUUGGAGACGGGCCGGUACAGAGCGAGGUGGCUCAGCGUCUCUACAGCUCUGCCCACGACCAUAUGGACUGCAUCCUACAGGGGGACACCCCGUCCCCUCCAAGAGGGAGGCGCUCCCCUCGAGGUCGGCGGGCUCAGCCGGGACCUGGAAGUCUUCCUGAUACAGACCAGGAUCGGCUGCUUGUGGACCAGGGCGCCACCUACAGGAAGUACCCUGGGCUCAACAACGUAGCCUACAUGGUGAGCGCAACCAGCUUCCGAUGAAGAACGCUGUCCUCGUCUUCUCUGUUGUCUCUUCCACAGUCUGAUCCGGACCUUCCCCCGGAUCACGGGAGCCCAUCUCCCACCGAUGAGGUGUUUGACCCCGCCCCAGUCCCGCCCCC